AUGGCACGUUCAUCUGCAGACGGACUGAAAUACCUGUCCAACGCUCUCGCAACACCCGAACAACUCUCCAAUUCAUCGUCAGCCAUUGAUGGCAUUGCUCCAGAACUAGAAGCAUCUAUUCGAUUUGCCGGUACUCAACUCACCCAAGCUGCUGGGGUAUUGCUCCGAUUGUCGCAAGAUAUCAUUGCGCAGGCCAUUGUGACAUUUACCCGGUUCUGGAUAGGUGCUGAAGGUGGGAGUCUUAGAAUUUACUCUGUCAAGGAUGUCUCUGCUGCAGCUUUAUAUAUGACGGCUAAGCUAUCCUUCCAGCCUACAUCACCACGAUCGGUAUUGAAUGUCUACAACUUCCUAGUAUCGAAGGACGCUUCUCCUUUGUGGUUCAUCAACCCCAAGGGGGUGUCAGAGAAGCCCUCCCCUGAGACAUACUGCCUAUCCGAGGGUGGUUACCAGAGCCAGCGAACGGUGCUGCUUCGAAUCGAAUCGAUAAUUUUGCGCACACUGGGCUUCAAUACCCAUGUUGCCCUACCCCAUACUAUCGCGUUAACCUACCUUCAAACCCUCGGUGUAUCAUCUUCUGCUGUUGCGCAAAGGGUGUUCGAGCAUCUGAACGCAGCUCUUCUAUCACCACAACUGUUAUAUGUGACACACCAACCAACGCCCUUGCUGUGUCUUCUAUAUACCUGGCCGCACGAGAAGUCGGGGUAA